UCAGCUGAUCUUUGUGAUUGUUUGACCGUGUAUUUUAAUUGAGAGAAUUUCAAGAAAGAUUACUUAAAUUGCGAUUUUUACAAGGAGAAUGAAUUAUUUAAUGACUUUUGAAACGAAUAUUAAAUGUGAAGUAUGACAGUUGAAUUGCUUCGAUUACUUUAGCAAUGACAUUAUGUCGACAUAGAAUAAAUAUAAAUGUCAAUAAUAGUACAUAAAUAUGUAGCUGUCCAUUAUUGAACUAAAAAUAGCUCGUACAGAUAACAGAUUUAAAAUGGCUACUUUAUUAACAACAUCGUCGAACGCAAAAAGAAUUGCACAAAUUAGAAAUGUGCGGCAAGGCAGCGUGAUAGAUAUAGACGCCGAUAUGUUUCUCAAGAUAUCAAACUAUGAGGAUACCGUCAGACAACUGGAUAUUUAUUACGGAAUCGUUAAACGGCAACUUUUGCGUCAUCAGAGCUGCAUAACUGGUCUAUUUCCGCAGAUCUCAACCGACCGGAAGGUCGGCAGCGUCCGCGAGAGCAUAUAUUGUGCAGCCGCGAUAUGGAGUUUGUAUCAAGCUUACAGACGCAUCGACGAUGAUCGCGGAAAGUCGUACGAGUUGGGCCAAUCCGCGAUAAAAUGUAUGCGAGGUAUCCUGGAGUGUUGGAUCAAGCAGUCCUCCAGAGUGGAGCUCUUCAAGAAAAAUCAAUGCGAUCGUUAUGCGUUGCACUGCAAAUUCCACUUGGACACUGGCGAUGAGAUUUACAAGGAUGCCAAUUACCAUCAUUUACAAAUCGACAUCGUAUCCCUUUAUUUGAUAUUCUUGGUGCAAAUGAUUUCUUCCGGACUGCAAAUUAUAUAUACGCAAGACGAAGUGGCCUUUGUACAAAAUCUAGUGUACUAUGUUGAGAGAGCAUAUCGUACGCCGGAUUACGGCAUGUGGGAACGUGGAAGUCGAUAUAACGAUGGAACUCCAGAAAUUCACGCCAGCUCGAUUGGAAUCGCCAAGAGUGCACUGGAGGCGAUCAACGGUUGUAACUUAUUCGGAGAGAAGGGCGCGUCCUGGUCGGUGAUAUACGUCGAUAUUGAUGCCCACAAUCGUAAUCGCAGUAUCUUCGAGACGAUGCUUCCGAGAGAAUCUAGUUCGAAGAGUGUAGACGCAGCUUUAUUACCAACGAUAUCUUUUCCCGCCUUUGCGACUCACGAAGAAGUUCUGUAUAAUGAGACCAAAGCAAACAUAGUCGGCAGACUUAAAGGCAAUUAUGGUUUUAAACGAUUCGGAAGAGAUGGUUUUAAAACAGUGCUGGAGGAUAAACAACGGCGGUAUUAUAAACCUGGAGAAAUCAAGGAUUUUGAUAGUGUCGAGAAUGAAUGGCCGCUGUUUUACAUUUUCAUGAUAAUAGACGGCGUAUUCAAGAGUCUACCAGACCAAGUGGAGGAGUAUCAAAAUUUACUGAAAGCGAGAGUGCACAAGGAUCUCAAUGGAGACCCGGUGAUCCCCAUGUACUAUUACGUACCUGUUGAAAAUUUGGAAGCUGAAAGGAACGAACCGUGCAGCGCUUAUCGCUUACCGAGCGACGAAGGAAGGGGUCCUAGGUCUGUAGAUCAAGAAGUUGUGCCGAUGUUUCUGUGGAAUCAAGCUAUGUUUGUAAUCGCACAGUUACUCACCGCUGGCCUUUUACACAUUAAUGAAUUAGAUCCGAUUCGUCGAUAUCUGCCAUCGUACAAUCGUCCGAGGCGAGCGGGAAGAUACUCUGCUUUUCAGGCAAAGCCCAGCAUUGGCACUCACACCGACCUAGUAGUACAAAUAGUUCUCAUCGCAGAAUCUAUGCGAUUGCAAGCUAUGAUGGCUACAUACGGUAUUCAGACGCAAACGCCACAUGAAGUUGAGCCUGUACAGAUUCUUUCGUCUACUCAGUUAGUGAAGGUUUAUCAGAAGCUAGGAGUGAACAAAAAGUUAAAUCUUCAAGGACGACCAGCGCGACCUAUAGGUUCUUUAGGUACAAGUAAGGUGUACAGAGUUUGCGGUAUGACGGUGCUUUGCUAUCCUUUGAUCUUCGAGGUCUCCGAGUUUUAUUUAUACAGAGACAUGGCUUUACUGAUCGAUGAUAUUAAAACGGAAUUGCAAUUCGUGGGCAAGUAUUGGCGUCUCUCUGGUCGACCCACUGUAUGUCUCUUGAUACGAGAGGAACACAUGCGAGAUCCGCAAUUUAAAAAGAUGUUGGAUCUCUUUGCAAUGUUAAAGAAAGGCUACUGCGAUAAAACGAAAGUACGCAUCGGUCGUCUGCAAAAUCUGAUUUCAUCCUCUUGCAUCGAACAUCUGGAUUUUGUAAAUUCGAUGGAAACAGAUCUGGAUUUAACACAGUUUAGACAACUGCAGCACGAUUAUAUUGGCUAUCAAAGUCUGACGGAUGUCCCAAGAGCCAUCGCUUAUGCAGAAGACGUCAAGGAUUAUUCUUAUAUGAUAAAUGAACCUCUGUGCAACAUAUUAAACGAACUUCGCAAUACCACUGGCUUGUAUGCAAAAUGUCAACUGUAUGGUAUCCUGAUAAAACGACAAGGAAUUAAUUAUGAAAUUAACGGAAUGACAGUCCGCGAUAAUUUGAGAUCGUUAUAUCAACAAGCUGGAUCUUUAAGAUUUUGGAUGGCUGUACGUUACUGCAGCAGUUUAUUGAAUCAUACAGUAGACAGCAUUAGUCCUUUCAUUACUGGUGUACUAGUUAAGGGAAAACAGAUUGCAGUGGGAGUGAUUGGGCAGGAAGAAACGGUGUUCGAUAAACCGAUGACGCCGGCGGAAAUACAAUCGGUGAUGUAUUCCACGAUACAACCGCACAAUGCUGUGCAGGCUGUGCUUCAGCAAGAGAUUCUACUGUACUGCGGCAGACUUAUUGGUACCAAUCCAGAAAUGUUCAAAGGCAUACUAAAAUACGCAUUGGGAUGGGUCUUGGAAGCGAUAAAGCUCUACUUGCAAAUGUUUGUGAAGAACGCCAAGCCGAUCGAAAAUUAUAGUCCUUACGAAAUUCGACAGUUUCUUAUCAAAGUACUAACCGUCAAGGAAUGGGCCCAUGCAGAAAAUCUGACGGUGCUUGGUCGCCGGAAAAUCGAGGGUUGCUUGUGUAGAGUGCCGGCACACUUUUAUAAUCAAGUGUGGGAAGUUUUGAUGCGCUGCCCUGGCGGCAUCGUAGUAAAUGGACGCGAAUUACCUCAACAGCCUACAGUGUCCUGCAUGACUCGUUCCGAAAUCACGUUUGCCCUGCUUGUGGAGUCCUUGCUGCAUCACAUACAGAUGCCGGAAUACCGUCAGAUCAUAGUUGAGCUCUUGAGUAUUGUUUCGACUAUCCUGCUUCGAAAUCCGGAAUUAAGUUUCCAAAAGCAGUUACAUCUCAACCAACUUGUGGAAGAUAGCUUCGUCAUGUACUGCAAGGAUCACAAUUUAUCAAACGUCGAUGAUAAAACGUUCUUUUUUUCCGCACAUUACUCGGUGACCACGGGAUAUCUCGCUAGAGCCGUAGUCAACAAUGUUCUUACUGGUGGUUGCGUCACUACUAUCGUAGAUCCCAGCGAUGUCGUCGAAUCGCCCCGAGAAAUGUGUAAGAUUACGUAACAAUACGACUCGAUUAUCAAGAAGGGUAAAGAUCUAAAAUCUUAUUAUUUAAUAUUAGUAAAAAACUGUUACAUGUAGAGGCGUGUAAUAUAUCUCGCUAUGUAUAUAUGUAUAUUAUCAGGUUUAUAGAUAAAACACGGCGAUGAUAUAAAGAGCCGGUCAGAUUUUAAUGCAGAACUUCCGUUCCUUCGGAUAAUAUUCGUGUAUUUCAAAAUAUCUUUACAUUCAUACAGAUAUACAUGACCUAUCAAAAAUUUUAGCAAUGUAUAGCUGUACAAAGUAUACAUAAUUGCAGAAAAUCAUCUCUUGGCGAAAUUCAUAUCCAUUGCGCGACCGGAACGUUGUAUAUUGUUAAUAUUGGCUUUGAUUCUAGACGCAACUGUUCCCAUUUCUGUUGCGACAACCAGUUGUUUCCUAAAACAAACGCCAUAUUUUAUCGAAUUAAUCUUCAAUAAUAUCCAAAUUUAUUUUUUAUAUAUUCGUAUACUACAUAUAUUUCGCGAGGAUGUAUGUACAGAUAUUUGAGUACGAAAUAUGUCUAAUUAUAUACCUGAUAAAAUCCUUGUUGUAUGAA